CAUCUCUCUGACUUUAAACGACAGUUUGGUAGUCACCCAGAGUUUUCGCACCCGAUCAUCCAUUGAAUUUGUAACGUGUUAUUUCUGUUUGCAUUGACGCUGCUUUAUAAUUUUUGUGAUAAUGAACGAGAAAAUUAAGAAAAAAAGAAGAUUGGAUUUUUCUGACAUCAAAAGCGAACACGAAAAAAUUUGGAAAAAGAAUUUUUUUGACGUGCAAAUCCAUUGUCAAUUAACUAUUUUUCCUGGUCAUCGCUAUAUUCUUAGUUCUAGCAGUGAAUUGUUGGCUGAGCAACUUGCGUCUGGUGUCGAUAAACUCAAUUGGAAUGAAUUUGAGGAAAGAACUGGCACCGCUUUGUUACGAUGGAUCUACACAAAUGAAGUUGGGUUCGACCCUAUCCACGAUGUUACUGUUGCGGAUCAGUGGUUAGAUUUAUUGUACGGAUCAUACAAAUUGCAAUUGGUUACUCUGUUCACAAUUUGUGAAGAAACGCUGUUGUCAUUAUCCAUCGAUGGUGACGCAUUACCACGAUUCAACGACAUUGCUAAAAAGGUCGGGGCGUAUAAACUGAUAGGGAAAUACUUGGACUUGAAAUUGAAUGUCAUCGCUGGUGUUGCUGGUUCGACAGAAGAGCUGGAUGUAGAAAUCGACGAGAUUAGCACAGACCAUUAUUGUUCUACGUCGUCGAACAGUUCGGUAGAGGAGAUUAGCACAGACCAUUAUUGUUCUGAGUCGGCGAAUAGUUCGGAAGAGGAGUACGACUAUGAGUAUCUAGACGAAGAGUUUGAAGAGUUGCUGAAACUCAACAAAUUAACGUUUGGAUACCAUGCAUUUCGACAAUUUUCGAAUGUCGAAGUGAUAACUCACAGCGAUAGAUGGCAAGCUCACGCACAUAUACUUGAAAGUCGAAGCAAGAAAUUUCGGGAAGUAUUUACAAAAACAACUGGACGAAAUCACAGUAUGUAUUUUACCUAUUACGGAAUGGAGCUCUUCCGUUGGCUGUACACAGACUGCGUGGUAUUCGACGAUAAACACCAUGCUACGGUGGAUCUUCUGAAAGCUGCGCAAUUCUACGAGCUACCCACACUGUUCGAACGAUGUGAGCAAGCAAUAGUUGAGAGAGUUGAUAUCACUUCCUGUGCGUAUUUCCACAAGAUUGCUGAAAAACAAAAUGCUGCGACAGUAUUGAAAUGCUGCAACCAGCUCAUUUCCAAAUAUUUUAUCAAAUCACAGUCGCUGUGUCGUACUGAAAUGGAUGUAGAAGUCGAGAUGGAAGUCGAUAAUUCAAAUUCACUGGAUGAAAUGAUGGUGUGCGAUUUGCCAACCGAAGAAGCCGUUGAAGGAUUGCUGACGCUAAAUGACGAUUGUUUGCUGCACGUAUUCCGUUUUGUCUCUUUGGUGGAUCUGGGCAGCAUUAAAGGCACUUGCAAACGAUUCAGUUCGUUGGCUGAUCAAAGUUUCAGACUCUACAGGGAAAAAUCGUUAGAGAUCGAAAGCUCUAGCAUGUUCGCCAGUAUCUGGAUUCUAAAACAUUUCGGGAAUUUCAUCAAAUCGUUGAGCUUAGAAAGUUUUUACGAGCGGUAUGCUUCGCGGGACGAUAUUUCUAAGAUGAUCGCUCGUUUUACGGAUGGACAGUUGAAAUCGAUUUCGUUGAACGAAUUUGACAAAACGGAUGGGGAAACUUUCGAGUGUCUGAAGACAGUUCUGAAAAAUGUCGACUGUAUCGAGUUGAUGUGGUUCAGUUAUGACAGUAACAUUGACACAAUUCUCAACUAUUGUGAAAAUUUGAAAGAAGUCAACAUUGACGGUCAGGAAAUCAAGCUGAAGUCCGAUUGGUGCUCAAAAAACCCAAACAUCACCAAAUUUACUAUGAGUGGCUUGCGAGAUGACAAAAUUUUGGAAAUAAUUUGCAAAGAGCUGACACGCUUGGAAUACUUGUCUGUGGAUUGCAUAGACACGGAAACCGACAAAAUAAUUCAUUUGAGUCGACUAAGUUCGACUUUGAAAAAGCUUCGCAUCGGAACGUCUAGUCUUGGUAUUGGCCAAAUGCUUCAACAAUUUGCCGACAAGACAGUCCUGAAAGAUUUAACCUUACAAUAUACACGAAUGACUGAAUCGUUAGCGAAUGUGUUAGGAGAUUUUCCGAAUUUAUCAAAUUUGGUUUUCGAAAACCGUGUGGAAUUCAACGAGAAUGUACAGGACAUUUUAUCUAAGAAACUCGUUCGCAUUGAAAGUCUUGCAUUCGUUGAAUGUGAAGAGAUUACGUUCAACACAAUCGCCAAGAUCGUCAAGAAUCUGCUGGAUCUAAAAAAGCUUUCAGUGAACGAUUGCGACGAAAUCGAUUUUAUCGAUAAAAGCGAGUACCUGAGUUUGCGAAAAAUAAAAAAUCUUCAAAUUUUCCUGGACCAGACUGUUUAUGAACGCAGCUGUGAAUCAAUUGGAAACAAUUGGUUGGAUAACGUCCAAGUUAAACGAUUGGAAUAGAUUUUGUCCAUGUCAUAACAUAAUUUUCAUAUUCAAAAGGAUCAGGAUUUGGAAGAAAUUGUAUCUUAUGUUGAAUAUGUGUUCAAAUCGCCUUUAAUUUUGAAUAAAUUUAAUUUCUUUGU